AUGAUUGCAAGGAAAGUACUUAUAUCAGGUAUAUCCCUCAUACUUGUGGUGGGGGUGGCCAUAGGAGUGGUUGCCGUGGUUAUUCGCAGCAGUUUGAACAAGUCCGGACAUGAGAGCCUAUCGUCGCAGAUGAAGCUGGUGACCCGAAUGUGUAAUUAUACAGACCACCAGACGGAAUGUCAGCAGUCUCUUAGCCCGGUGGCUCAAAACAGCAGCGCAGGUUUCAAAGACUACAUGAAGGCUGCAUUGCUCUCCAUCUCCGACCAGGCCCAGAACGCCUUCAACAUGACAGAGUCUCUCUUGGUUGAAGCAAAAAACGGCACCAGAGUUAAGAGGUCCAUUGAGGAAUGCAAGGACCUAAUGAAAGAAGCUCGUGGUGAGCUACAGAAUUUGGUCUCGUAUGUUGAUGAUGCCGAGUUGCAAACCAUGAAAGACCGCGCAUUGGAGAUCAGAAUCUGGGUCGGCAGUGUGACUAGUUACGCCGGAACAUGCAUGGACGUAAUUGGCGAUGACGACCCUAAGGUUUCUGAAGCAAUGAGAGGACCAAUAGAUAACGUUACCGCAAUCACGGACAACGCUCUUGCCAUUAUGGGAGAGAUUUCAAACAUCGUCAGCAUGUUUGGCGUCAAACUAAAUGAGAAUACAAUCACCGAAAAAGGAAGCAACAACAGGCGGCUUAUGGGUGAAACAAUAGAGGAAGAUGUUCCCAGAAAUGGGCACCCAAGUUGGAUGUCUCGCGUAGACCGCAAGCUUAUGGCUAAGCAAGACAAUGGCAGGAUUAAGGCUAAUGUUGUUGUAGCUCAAGAUGGCAGCGGGCAAUUCAGGACCAUUAACGAGGCACUGAGGGCGUACCCUAAGGGCAACCAAGGACGCUUCGUUAUAUAUGUGAAGAAGGGAGUGUACAAGGAGACUGUUAUCAUCAACAAAACCAUGAUCAACAUAUACAUGUAUGGUGAUGGACCUAGAGCCACUAUCGUCACCGGUAAUAAGGGAGAGGAGACCACCGGUGAUAAAAUAUCUACCAGUGGCACCUUCCAAGUGUACGCCAGCGGAUUUAUUGGGAGAUCAAUGGGAUUUACUAACACGGCCGGUCCGGAAGCUAGACCCGCCGUGGCUCUUCGCACUUCCGGUGACAUGAUUGGUAUCUACAACUGCAGAAUCAGUGGAUAUCAAGACACCUUAUACAUGAACAUUGGACGUCAGUUCUUUAGGAAUUGCGUCAUUUCAGGACAUGUCGACUAUAUCUUCGGGGAUGCUAGGGUGGUCAUUCAAAACUCUCUGAUCAUUGUGAGGAAGUCGUCGCUAAAGCACCAGAACCAAGCCUUCAUCACAGCUCCUGGGCAACAAACCGCACACGAAUGUGGGGGCACCGUGCUCCACAACUGCAGAAUCGUACCGGAAGAAGCACUGUUCCCGACGAGGUUCGAAGUGCGAACGUACUUGGGGAGGCCAUGGAAGACUCACGCUAAGGCUGCAUUCAUCGAGUGCACCAUAGCUGACGUCAUCAGACCUGAAGGGGUUAUUGCAUGGGACGGUAAGGACUUCAAUACCCAACACUCCUUCUUUGGUGAGUUCAAGAACCGCGGACCUGGUGCCAACUUAGCCAACAGGGUGAAGUGGCCAAAGGGCGGCUUCACCGGCGAGAUGGAUAGGAAUACGGCUGCAAAGUUUACUGUUGAUUCCAUGCUAUUACCAGACACAUGGUUGAAGAUGGCAACUAUUCCUUAUUUACCUAGCUUCGCACAGGCUUUGUAA